UCACGUGAUAAUUCGCCAACCGGAGUUUCCACGACAGCUGAAGCCGUGCGGUUCGGGCGCAUCGCUUUAUCAACAUAUAAGGACUACGUCCUUAUUUAAACAUCCACAAACUAACUUUUGAUAGCAUGGGAGACAAGAGAAGUCCUACAAGGCCGAAGCGUCAACCGAAGCCCUCUUCAGACGAGGCAUACUGGGAUUGUAGUGUCUGUACGUACAAGAACACUGCCGAAGCUUUCAAAUGCAUGAUGUGCGAUGUCAGGAAAGGAACGUCAACACGGAAGCCUCGACCUGUCUCUCAGUUGGUCUCCCAGCAGGUGACGCCACAGUUUGCUUCUCCCACGCAGCCUAAGAAGGAGAAAAAGGAGAGAACAGAGAAAGAUAGACAUGAUAAGGAACCAACACUAAAGAAGAACAACCACAAGAAGAUGAGGCCGAGGUUAAAGAACAUUGACAGGAGCAGCGCUCAGCACCUGGAGGUGACGGUGGGAGAUCUAACUGUCAUUAUCACAGACUUUAAGGAGAAGCCUAAGCCUUCGUCCACCACCACCACCACCACCACCUCCACAACCUCGGUCUCCGCAGACCACCACAACCAGAGUGGCUCCAGCUCAGACAACACAGAGAGGGGGGUCUCUAGGUCAUCCUCACCCAGGGGGGAGGCCUCCUCCGUCAAUGGAGAGCUACACUAGGCCCCAAACCUGGCAACCCCAACCCCCAUAAUGGAUUUACCAUGCCCAAAUCCUUCUGAAGUCACAAACCCUCUACAUUUGACCUCAACCCUCUCCGCAAUGCCAACCUGGACCUAAACUCCCAACAUGGCAACCUCAAACCUCUGGACCUUAACCUCUUACCUGGCACCCCCAACCCCCACAUUGGACCUCAACCCCCAAUCCGAGCCACUCUAAGGGACCCUAUCUAUUAAACCAUAAUGUUACUUCUGGACGAGUCUUUGUUCUAAAUUGUAGUGAAUGGUUGUAGAAUCAUUGUUUAGAACUUGGUUCCCGGCCUGGCUAAUUCUGGACCUGUACAUGUAGCGGCUACAGGUUGUGCUUAGUUAGGAAGAUGAUGGUGCACCAGGAACAGCAUACUCCUCUCCUGGAGGCAUCAGUUGGUCUGGCUUCUGGAAUACACUACAGGUUCUGAAGAAACAUUUGAAUAAAAUCCCAGUUUAGGUAACUUUAGGUUGAAACAGUUGUUAUAUUCUAUGUUGAUAAACCUGAUCUCCUAUGACCUGUUGUACAGAAUUGGUGUGUUAGGCAUCCCAACAGUGUUACCAUUCUCCAGGCAUGACAUUGUGUUUCAGAGUUCAGUACUUGUUGCAUUCUGGGAGAAAAUGUGAGGACAUUUUAUUUCUUGUGUCACUAUGGAGACUUAAAUAUAUUCUAAUUGGUUCACUACACUAGCUGGGACUAGAAGUGGAUUAAUGAGAAAGAUUUUGUUGGUUAAGAAUGUUCAUUUUUUGUUGUGUCCACUUUAAACCCACCUGGUACCAUUGAUGUCAUACUCACCAUUUUUAUUUUUGUUUUGUUUUUUACAUUAUUUGGAUUGACCAAACUUUCCUGUUUAGAAAUGUAUGAACAUAUAGGUUAAUGUAUGAAGAUUAACAAAAGAAAAUUAAUGAAAUUAUGUGUUCAAAAAGUA